UAACGGCUGUAUUAUAAUUUGAUUGAGAUCCUUAGAACUAAAUACUGAUUUUAAUUCUAGAUGGUGCACAAGUUCAAAUGAUGCAAAAAAUCGUUCAUGCUUUAAAUAAUAAUGAAAAUGCUUUACUUGAGAGCCCAACAGGUUCUGGCAAGUCGCUAGCAUUACUUUGUGCAGCUUUAGCUUGGAGAGAAAAUGAAGAAAGAAAAGUAGCGGCAGAGCUCCUUAAGAAGAAACAAGAGCUUCCUACGAACGACAACAAUAAACGUGAAUUGAGCCAGUCAACUGAAAUUGAGCAACCACAACAAGUGAUUAAAAGAAUUAAGACAGUAACAGCAAAUACUUCUGUUGAUGAUGAUGAUUUUCAAAAACCUUUAGUUAGAUAUGUUAUAAAAGUAGAAAAUGCUAAAUCUGAUAUAAUCACCAUUGACGAUAAUAAUGACAAUGAUAUGAAAGACACAAGUUCUUCUAAUAAAAAAACUGAAAUGUCGACUUUAGAAGAAGCUAAUGCAUUGAAAUAUGAUACCUACAAAAGGGUUCCUCGUAUAUUUAUUGGAAGUCGAACUCAUAAACAGAUUGCUCAGCUUGUGUCAGAAUUAAAGUAUAAUACUCGCUAUAGACCUCGUGUCACCGUUCUUGCAAGUCGUGAUCAUUUAUGCAUUCAUCCCAAAGUUUCAAAAUCCAAUACAAAAUCUGAUGACUGUACCAAGUUGAUUGACGAAAAUAAAUGCCCAUUUGGAUCAAGGACUCAUGCUUUAUUAUCACAUCCUUCAUUGAAAACAACAAACCGGGUUUGGGAUAUUGAGGAUAUGGUCCAACUUGGAAAGAAAGUAGGAGGCUGUCCUUAUUACGCUGCUAGAAAACUCUAUGAAGGUGCAGAGGUUAUAUUUGCUCCUUACAACUAUAUCAUUGAUCCAGUUAUUCGUAAGGUCCUAGACAUUAAUCUUAAAAACAGUAUUAUUAUUUUAGAUGAAGCCCAUAACAUCGAAGAUGCUUCAAGAGCUGCUGGAUCAUUCGAAAUUGAUGAAGAGUCGUUACAAGCACUUCUUAAAGAAUUAUCUCUAGUUGUUAAAUUUGGUGGUCAAAAAGAAGCACACAAACAGAUUGAGUUGAUUAUAGAGCAAUUGUAUAACCUGAUGCUAUCUGAUGAAAUUAAAUACAUUGUUAAAGAUUAUGAGCAGCAAGCGUGCCAUUGGACUGGUCAAGAAAUGAUUCAACAAUUAGACAAAGUUAAUAUUUCUGUUAAUACAUUCAAUAAUGCAAUUAUGCCCGCAUUCAAGAUUGCAUCUAACCAUGCGGAUAUGAUUCGUAAAGAGGCAGAAGAGAGAGUCAUUGACCAUAUUGAUUAUGAAGAUGCUGAAGAAAAUGACUCUGAAGUGAAAAUACAUCGUAUUAAAUGCCUCAGUGUGAGUUCACUUAAUAUCUUACAAGGUAAUGAUAGUAAUAGAAAACGUAAAGCAAGCACAAAAACACCACUAGUUCCUGAAUCCCCUUGGAAUCAUAAAUUGGCGUUUUGGUGUCUUAAUCCUGCCAUUUUAUUUAAUCUGAUGGCUGAGAAUACUCAUUCGGUUAUAUUAACAAGUGGAACUUUAUCACCGCUAAAUACAUUCGCUGCUGAAUUAGGAGCCAAGUUUACUGGGAAAUUAGAAGCAAAUCAUGUUAUUAAACCGUCUCAGGUGUGGGUCAGUGCUAUCUCUCAUGGACCAACCGGUAUACCCUUAAAAGGGGUCUUUAACAACAUAGGCUCUCUUCAAUAUCAAGAUGAAGUGGGUGCAACACUUUGUGAAAUAGUUCAUACUAUUCCAUAUGGUGUGCUUUGCUUUUUACCGUCAUACAAGGUAUUAGAUCUUAUGCUCAAUAGAUGGAGUCUGACAGGGAUAUUAGAUAAGAUAAAAGAAAAGAAACUUAUACUUUCAGAACCCAAAGGUGGUGAUAAGAGAGAGUUUGAGUCUGUUCUCAAUACCUUUUAUGGGAAAAUACAUUCGGUCCAAGAGGGCCCUGAUGAAGAAGGUCAAGACGGUGCUUUAAUGUUUGCCGUGUUUCGAGGCAAAGUGAGUGAAGGUAUUGACUUUAGUGAUAAUUAUUGUCGUGCUGUUGUUACUUUAGGUAUUCCUUUCCCCAGCUUUAGAAGCUUAGAAACAAACCUCAAGCGAGAAUACAACAAUAAAAUUAAAUCCCAAUCUAAUGAGCAAACUGUUCUUUCCGGCACUGAAUGGUAUACUGCUCAGGCGUAUCGAGCUAUUAACCAAGCAUUAGGAAGAUGUAUUCGACAUAAAAAUGAUUGGGGCGCCAUUAUAUUGAUAGAUGAAAGAUUUAAAAAUCAAGAGGCGCUAGAUAAACUAUCAAAAUGGGUGAAAAAAGAAUUCAAAAUACAAGCUAAUUAUCCCCUUACAAUGCAAAGUUUAAAGCAAUUUGUUGAUAGACAAUUAGAAGAAGCAAAGCACAAAUAACUAAGAUGACAUUUCUCUUUGCUUUUAUACCCCCCCCUCCUCCUCCCCGUCUCUCUCUUUAUUUUUAUUUUUUAUUCCAUAAUAGACUAAGCAUCUUUAUAUACGAACUGUGAAAUGAAUAAUCACUCAAAAUAUCAUAAUAUAAUGUAUCUUUUUUUUUUUUUGAUGAAAGCAUAUUUUAAGGUGUGUUGCUGGAUAAUAUUAUCAACAC